AUGAAUACACUUCAGACUAUCCUCCUGCUCUUGACGGUAGGAGUAGCUGGUGUCUCUUCACUCCCUGGCCCUUUGAGGCUAGCGUCCACGUUUUCUCGAAUUUCCAACGAGCUCGACCAUACUACCUUAGGAAAAUGCUCCCUUUCAAGUGCAGUCCUCCCACUAAAUGGUACGGCGAUCAAACUGCCUCGGCCUACAACAGCUUUGAAUCUCAAAUACAUUGCUCUUGGCCGGGGAACUCAGAACUACACCUGCGAAAACUCUACAUCCUCCGCAAUACCCGUAUCCGUCGGUGCAGCAGCCACCCUUUUCGAUGCCUCUUGCAUUGCAGCAAAAUCUUUGACUCUGCUGCAUGAGAUGCCUGCUGUUUUCGGAGAGACACCAACUGGAUCGCUUGCUUUCCUAGCAGAGCUCUUGAGUCACACCACAAAUUCCUCCGACCUCAUCAUCGGGGAACAUUACUUCAAUGCCGCAGGAUAUCCUGUCCUUGACUUGAGGCUAAGUGGUAGUCAGGACUGGGUGGUGGCCACAAAGAAUGCAUCAGUGGAUGCACCCCAAAUUAGCAGUUCGACAUGCCAAAAUGUUGCCUGGCUGGAACUUGAUCGAAAACCCGGGAACUGCUCUGGAAACGGCAUUGAGAAAGUUUACCGUGUCAAUACAUAUCAGGGAUCUGCGCCAUCAACCUGUGCUGGAUUGAACAAGACUAUUGAGGUCCAAUAUGCAGCAGAAUACUGGUUCUAUGGGUGA